UGAGGUCAUGCUGUGUUCUGGCGACUGCCCCUGGCUGUGGGAACAAUCAUGAGGACAUUUCUGCAGCAAAAACUCCCUUUCUGGCCACGUGCACUGACCCCUGUAUGACUGGUGCCCAUGGCAGCGAGUCUCAGACAUGCUCUGACACCCUUUCUUCUCUGGCCCUGUCCUGCAGAGAAUGAAGGAGCAGGGCAAGAUGCUCUGCCAACAAAUACAGAGAAUUGACCUUGAAGUCAGCUGCACCUUCACCAACCAUGUGAUGUUUCACGACCGCUAUGGCAUCAAGCAGCAGGAACUCUUCCACGUGCUGGUAGCCUUUUCUGCCUAUGACACGGUGAGUAUCCCUGGCCAACGACAGCCCGGGCCCAUUCCCAUAGUCACUGGCUUGGGUGUCCCAGGGAUUCAUGAGCACCCAGGACAUCCUAGUUAGGGUGCGAGGUCACUGCUCUCACAGAGGUCCCAGCGAGGAGAGGAAGGUCUCUAAGCUCAAGCUGAGAUGGAAAGGGUUUGUCCAGGCUCCUCCCUCAAGUGGAUCUGACCACUGCUCCUUAGAACACGGACAGACACCUUCCUGCUGGGGUGUCCAUAAUCCCAAGAGCUUGGCAGUGUCACAGGAUGCUGGUGUC